AUGGCGGACAACACGCUGAUCCUCUACGUCUGCACGUCGAACGCCACAAAGCUUUCAGUAUCGCCAGGCAUCCGUCUCUGGGGACAUACUUCAGGCAUCAGUGACGCGGAGAUAACGGCACGGGGUAAAGCUGUCAGUGUCAGCAGCCAGGGAGAAGAGAUCCGGGUCUGGGAACUCGAGGGACGGGUCAGUGGGAAAAGCAUCGAAGUUCGACCCAACUCAAUUGCAAAUGACGCCCUCACAUCGGCGUAUGGACCCUGGUCGGAACCAAGUUCAAGUCGAUGGAACGACCGACGCAGUUGGGUCGGCUUCGAUGACGAGAUGGUCCUCGUGCUGAAGGAAACAAGUGAUGGCAGGGAAAGUCUCAUGAUGUACGACUUUUCGUGA